GAGCGACGAGCAUCAACCCCACACUGUCACAGCUUGCCUGGCAAACUGCUGCAACUAGCUAUAUUUAGCCGUGAAUUAGGUUAAAUUUAAAACGUUGCGGGGAAAAGAUGUGACGAAGUUUGCUGUUGAGGAUUGUGUGAGAGGUUGGACUCAAUCUUACAUGCCCUGCUGAAUCUUCAACGGCUUAGUUAGCUGACGCGACAACGUUAGCUCCAGCUAAGUUAGCUAACGUUACCUAGCUCUUUUUGUGUGCAUGCGUGUCCCAGAUAAACACUCACUAUCCGUCUGUUUUACAGCUACAUCAGUGGUAAAAUAGCUAACGUUAACCAUGGGGCGGUCGGCGUUCGUCUGUCAUGAGAUGAGGUCAUGAUAAACUCAGUUCAAAGACAUUUCAGCGUAGUUGCACUGCCUAUGUGCAGAUGUUGCAUACUCUGCAUUGACAGCGUAAUCUUCUCUGAAUCACCACCGGUUACUUUGCAAUUCAAGGUGCACUCAGGCUGCAGUCAUGGGCCCAGACACUGCAUCUGAGCAUAAAACUGAAUCUUCAGAGGAAAGUCCUGCAGAAGUCGUUGUGAAGGUAAUCUCAGAAUCAGAUUCCGCUGAUGCUUCGGCUGCUACUGAGCCAGAGGACUCUAAACAGCUAGAGAACCAUAUAUCAGACAAGUGUUACCCUUGCUCCAUCUGUGGCAAAGUAUUUGACAGACCAUCGAAGCUAGAGAGGCAUAAACCUGUGCACACGAGGAAGCCUAAGACUCUUCAUCAGUGUAAGCAUUGUGAUAAAAGUUUCACACAACAAGAGAAGCUGAUCCGACACCAGAAUUGCCACAAUAGGACUAACAAGCACCCCUGUCCAGACUGUGGAAAAGUCUUCAACAGACCUUCAAAGUUAGAAAGGCAUAAGCGCACACACUCAAAGAAACCAAAGGUGCCUCAUCAGUGCUCAUACUGCAUGAAGACUUUCAGUAAACUUAACAAACUUGUGCGUCACAAGCGAAUGCACACUGGGGAGAGGCCUUUCACCUGCUCAGUCUGUGGGAAAGGAUUCUCUGAGUCAGGUCACUGCAAAGCACACGAAAAGACACACGAGGAGCAGCCAGAAAAGCCUCACUGCUGCCCGGACUGCGGGAUGCGUUUCUUCAAGGCCUCAGAGCUACGUCGGCACUUCCGCUCCCACACAGGAGAGAAACCUUUCAGAUGCACUUUGUGUGAGAGCUGCUUCUCGCGUUCAGAAGGACUUAAGAGACACAUGAGGAGCCACACAGGGGAAAGACCAUACAAAUGCAUUAUCUGCGGAAAAGGAUUCUAUUCUCGACAGGAUUUGAAUAUUCAUGGGUUGACCCACUCAGGAGAGAAACCGCAUCUUUGUCCUGUGUGUGGUAAAGGCUUCUCGCAGCUGGGCAACAUGAAAGAACAUGAACAAAAUGUUCAUAUUAAAUCAGAGAAGUAUAUUUGCAAUGAAUGUGGGGCAACCUUCACACGGUACAAGUCACUGACAAAACAUCAGCGGACACACACAGGCGAAAGACCCUAUCUAUGCCUCACCUGUGGUCGCAGGUUUUCAUGGAGCCACUCUCUAAGCAGACAUCGGAGGACACAUGCACACAGACAGAUGUCUAUAGACACAUCCUAAGCUGUAUUGAGUUUUUAAAUGACCCUCUGAGGAUCUAAGCAGUUUAAAAGAGAUGCGAAAUCCUCAUGAACAGGACAUUUCAUCAUCAAGCAAUUUUCCUGGUGCGCAGUCAAGCUAAAAUUUACUAAGUUUGGUGCAUUGAGAGCUAAUUUUGAAGCUUUGAAAUGAUUCACCUCGCUGCUUCCUUUAUUUGUGCACAAAAUGUCGGCCAAAAAUUGUUAGUGCAGGACUCUCGUUAAACUUCUUCCUGUAUUUUUAUUGAUCCAAGCCCGAAGGUGUUUAUUGAACUAUGUUGGCAGUUAAAAUUAAUAUGUGCCUAGAAUAUGCAAUGUUUUGCAUAGAUAUGCUGUUUGGAUUGAGUGAACACAGGUCAUGUGGCUACAUAAGUGCACUGCUGUAUCUGAGGAAGAUCUGUUCACAUCUCUGUUUUAUGACAAGUUUGGAUUUACCUUUAGAUAAUGCAGAACAAUAUCUUUAAUACAAUAUCAUGGGAUGAAUCAUUCAAUUUUGACCAAGUCUUUGCAACUGUUGAUUAGUGGAGGUGUCAGACUUCAGUCUGGUCUUAAGUGAAUAGAGUGAACGUCUGCUUUCCAUAGUGAUUAACUUAAUCUGAUGUAAACUGCUACCUCACUUUAGCACUACCACAGAAGGUACGCAAACAAGAUUUUUGCAUAUAGCAGUCCAUAUCAGCAGUGGUUCUUUUCCCUGCAGUUCUUAAAACAAAAUUUUACUGUUUUGAAUUUUGUUAGCCAGUUGCCCAGAAUAAACAAUUAAAUGCCAAAAAUAGACAAUUUUCGUACUCGUAUAUGUAAUUGUUUUUAAUUUUAAGUAAAUCUUAAAAGAAUGGUUAAUGCUAUGCUGAGUCAGAGCCGGAAAGUGCUGCUACCCCGUAUAUUCCAUGCAGGAAUAUAACCUCGCACUACGAAUGGCAAACACCUAUGGCGAGAUCACUGAUCGCUGUUGCUUGCAGUGGUUUGUACUGUGGAGUGCAGCAGCAGUUUUUCUCUGGUGUGAGUUGUGUACGAUUAAAAUUAAUAUAAAAGUC